UUAAAAUGUUAGACGACCCACGGUAGUCUCAACCCGACUGCUGGACAAAGAUUGGGUGCCGGCGGGGCGGUAUAAUCAGGCGUAAAUGGAGAAGGUUUUUCCGAAGCUGCAAGACGAACCAUGGAGAGUCCUCGAGUUCUACAGCGGCAUUGGUGGCAUGAGGUACUCGCUACUGAGUGCUGGCAUCCAUGCGAAAGUGGUACAAGCUUUUGAUAUUAACGACAAAGCAAACGAUGUAUACGAACACAAUUUCGGUGAUCGUCCAUACCAGGGUAACAUUGAAAGUCUGACUGCUGCUGAUAUCGACAGCUACCAAGCUCAUGUUUGGCUUCUUUCACCUCCUUGCCAACCAUAUACUAGACAAGGUCUACAAAAGCAAUCUGGCGAUGCUCGGGCAUUUUCAUUCCUCAAAAUUCUUGAGUUGAUGGUAGAAGCAUCGAGGCCACCAGUAAUGUUAUUCAUGGAAAACGUUGUCGGCUUUGAGACAUCUGACACACAUACAAAAAUGAUUGAGAUAUUGGAAAAGACUGGUUUUUCUACACAAGAGUUUAUUUUAAGCCCAAUGCAAUUCGGUGUCCCAUAUUCCAGACCGCGGUACUUCUGUCUGGCCAAAAGGAAGCCUUUAUUCUUUGAGAAGGAAUUAUAUAAUAAUCAACUUCUUUGGUCUCCAAACCCAUUACUUGAUAGUGAUGCUAACUUAGAAAGCAUUGAAACUCAUGGAUCCCAAGCAACUUCUGAUAAGUUAUUGCUCUCUUGCGAGCCAAUAUGUAGGUUUCUUGACCAUUCCAACCAUCAGGAGUUAAGUUUUUAUGAUGCCAGUAGUAUUCAAAGUGAGGUUGCAUUGGAGAAAAACAAGGAUGCCGAUGAGCAAGUUAUUGAACCUUUUAAUCAAUAUCUCGUCCCAUCCAGUUUGAUAGACAGAUGGGGCAGUGCUAUGGAUAUUGUAUAUCCUGAUUCAAGGCGAUGCUGCUGUUUCACAAAAAGCUACUACCGAUAUGUUAAGGGCACAGGCUCGCUUUUGGCACCUUUUGAGACUGAAGGGAUGGGCAAGGCUCAUUCUCUUAAAGAGCAGAAGCUCAGAUAUUUUACUCCUAGAGAGGUUGCUAACUUGCAUUCCUUUCCGGAAGAUUUUCAAUUUCCCCAACACAUCGGUCUUAGACAACGGAAACAAACAGUUAACUACCAGAUUUCUGAUGGCUUUGACAAUUCAUCACUCAUCAGCUGGGUUAGAUUUCAUGAGAUGAAAAUUCAAGUCAUUAGAAAUUACGCACUACUAGGGAACAGUUUGAGCAUUGCCGUUGUUGCUCCCUUGCUCAGAUAUCUCUUUACUGAGCCAUCUUGACCAAGAGAGCGAUUGGAUGUCAAUACUCUAUUCAAUCUUCUACUAAAUUUUGUAUUAAAAGAAUCCAUUUUUAGUUAAUGGAGAGUAAUAUAAUACUUCUUGCUUUGUUCGAAA